AUGUCGUCGGAAAUGUCGCCGCCGAAUAAGAAGCGCACGUCGGAGCGGCAAAUCACGAAGGACGAUUUUCAGGAAGAAGACAACGAGGAGCCAUCAGGCUCAAACCCCUUUGCGGGAGGGUUUCAGAAAGCCACUACCGAGGUAAUGGCGACUCGACGCAUCGUUAAAGCGCGCAGGCCCGCGGGAGGCGCCGGUGCUUCUCCCUCCCCCGCCGCUCCUGCCGCCGCUGCGCCGCCGGAAAAACCGGCUCCGGCGGCUGCUGACGUGGCAGGCGGGUCCGACGUGGCGGAAGCGAAGGAGCAGGCGGAGGAGGAGGGGACGGAGGAGGUGAGUUCUGGCGGCAAGCGCGCGAAGAAAGCUCGAUCCGACGGUGCGGAGGAGGAGAAGGCGGCGGAAGGUUUUGCGAAGGAGGGUGACCUGGCGGGAGAGAAGAAAACGGAAGAGGGUAAGGUUAGCGAAGACGCCACUAAAGAGGAUAAGGCAGCGGCGGAGAAAGAAGGAUCAGGGGAGAGCGACAAGCAAGAGGCGAAGGCGGAGGGAGCGAAUGACGCGGGAGCAGCAGCGGGAGCAGCGGCAAGCCCGACUGGGUUCGUGGGUUUCGCCAAGGCGGCUCCGGGGUUCAAUCCUUUCCUCUCCUCCACCACCGCCGCCUCUUCCGGCGGAGGUUUCGCCUCCUUCUCCUCUUCCGCCUUCGCGUCCCCCUUUUCCGCCGCCUCCGCCUCUUCCGGUUCCUCCGCGUUCUCCUUCUCUUUCCCCGCCACCACCUCCGCAUCCCCCGCCGCCGGUUCCGCCGCCGCAACCGGCGGCGGCUCUUCGAUCUUCCCCGCCGUUUCGAGCAUAUUCGGGUCGGGGGCGACAGCCAAUGGGAGCAGCGCAAGCGGCGCGAUCGGCGCGACUCCGGGCCUGGGGAUCGGGUUUGGCAGCAGCAGCGGGGCUGGCAGCGGCGCGCCAGCUGUCACGCUGUCGGCGGUCCACGUGGCGACGGGGGAGGAGAAGGAGCGCGCGGUUUUCGCGGCGGAUGCGACGCUGUUUGAAUUCGGGGAGGGGGGGAAGUGGAAGGAGCGGGGGAAGGGGGAAGUUCGGCUAAACGUGCAGGCGGAAGAGGAGGGGGAGGGGCAGGGGGAGGAGAAGGGGGAUGAGGGGAAGGAGGAGAAGGAAGAAAAGGAAGGGACUGAGACAACGGAGAAGGAAGGGGAGGAGAAGAAGGGAGGAGAGAAAGAGGAUAAGGAGGAGGAGAAGAAAGAGGAGGAAACGGAUGGGAAAGAGGGAGAGAAGGGAGAGAAGGAAGAGACUGACACGUCAGCAGAAAAGGCCAAAACAGAGAAGCGGCCAGCUCGGCUGGUGAUGCGAGCGAAGGGCAACUUCCGUCUACUUCUGAACGCGAAUCUUUUCCCGGAUAUGAAAGUCACCCGGAUGGAUGGGCGGGGAAUUUCGUUUGCUUGUGUGAACAGUACCGGUGAGGAGAAGGAGAAGGAGAAAGAGAAAGAGAAGGAGAAGGAAGGGGGUGGUGCAGCAUCAGCAGUUGGUUUGACGAUGCUGGCGCUUCGUUUUAAGGACGUGACUCAUACAGAGGAGCUGCUGUCGCUCAUUAACGAGUAUAAGGGCGGCAAGGGGAAGGAUUCUUCCCAGAAAGGUCCUGAUGCUGCAGAGGCAAAGGAGGAGGCUAAGGAGGAGGGGAAGGAGGAGGGGAAGGAGGGGAAGGAGGAGGGGGCAGCGCAAGAUAAGGAAGGGAAAGAGGAUGAGGAGACAGGGAAGAAAGCUGAGGAGGAGAAGAAAGAGGAUGGGGAUAAGAAGGAGGAGGAGGGGAAGCAAGAGGAGAAGGCGAGGAGGGGAGAGAGAGGGGGGCUGGUUCACAAAUGCGAUAUUCAGGACACCACCACCACCAAUCACGCACUCCCUACCAAUCACGCACUCCCUACCAAUCACGCACUCCCCACCAAUCACGCACUCCCCACCAAUCACGCACUCCCCACCAAUCACGCACUCCCCACCAAUCACGCACUCCCCACCAAUCACGCACUCCCUACCAAUCACGCACUCCCUACCAUGCACUUCCCUCCCACCACGCACUUCCCACCACGCACUUCCCACCACGCACUUCCCACCACGCACUUCCCACCACGCACUUCCCACCACGCACUUCCCACCACGCACUCCCUACCACGCACUUCCCACCACGCACUCCCUACCACGCACUCCCUACCACGCACUCCCUACCACGCACUCCCUACCACGCACUCCCUACCACGCACUCCCUACCACGCACUCCCUACCAUGCACUUCCCUCCCACCACGCACUUCCCUCCCACCACGCACUUCCCUCCCUCCACGCACUUCCCUCCCUCCACGCACUUCCCUCCCACCACGCACUUCCCUCCAACCACGCACUUCCCUCCCACCACGCACUUCCCUUCCACCACGCACUUCCCUCCCACCACGCACUUCCCUCCCUCCACGCACUUCCCUCCCACCACGCACUUCCCUCCCACCACGCACUUCCCUCCUUCCACGCACUUCCCUCCCACCACGCACUUCCCUCCCACCACUACACUCCCCAACACACACUACCCACUACACUCCCCAACACACACUCUCCACGAUGCAGGUGCAGGCACAGUUGUGGUUACUGCAGGUGGCCUCUUCAUUUCACUGCAGUUCGCAUGCCUGCAGGCUACUGCCGCUCCUAAACCCACUGCUGGUGCUUAUCAAGCCACUGCUGGUGCUUAUCAAGCCACUGCUGGUGCUUAUCAAGCCACUGCUGGUGCUUAUCAAGCCACUGCUGUUUCUUAUCAAGCCACUGCUUGCUCCCCCUGCCAUGCACUCUCCACGACGCACCUUUGCACGUGCAGGUGCAGUUGUGGUUGUCUCAAGUGGCCUUCCGUCAUUUCACUGCAGUUCGCAUGCCUGCUGAAGGCUACUGCUGCUCCUCAACCCACUUCUUUUCACAUGCCUGCUGCAGGCUACUGCCGCUCCUCAACCCACUGCUUGUCAUCACAUGCUUGCUGCGCCAAGAAUUACUAG